GCAGCAGCAGCAGCAGCGGUCCCGAAAGUCCAAAGUCCUAGCGACGCCAAGUUUCGUCAUCGAUUGGAGUGAAGAGGGUGCUUUUGUCCAGUGUGCAAACCGUUUUAAGUGUAGAAAAAGUAGAGGAAGAAAAAGUAGUGCCGAUUGUUACCGAGUGAAGAAGGACACCUCACAGUGUCGCACUUUCCUUUCUAGCUUCCUUCUAGCAACGCCAGGAUGAAAUUGUUCGUUUUGGCGAUCGCCACCCUGGCGGUUCUCCAGGGGUAUGUGGAGCCCAAGAACGCGACGGGCGCCACCGCGACAACAACGGCCAAGCUAACACCAUCCACCUUAACGACGACGGCGGCCAAGGCACGCCAGCACUCCAGCUCCACUCCAACGAAGGCAACGGCAACCACGAAAAAGGGAGCACCGGCAAGCGGCACUCCGACCAAACCGGCCGGUAGCGACCGUGAGGCACGAGGCAAGCGAACCCUCGAGCUCGGUAACUACAACGGAAACUACAACUACUACCAGACCGUACCGGCGCACACGGCCCAGCGCCGUGUUUCGCACGCGUACCAGGAUCCGGGCCAGUACAGUAACUUCCAGAGCAACUACAUCCAGCCGCAGUUCAGCUUCGGCCCCGCACAGUCCGGUGCCUCGCUAGGAUCGUAUCAAGGCUUCGAACCACAGCUCGAUGGUACGAACUCGAUCGGUAGCUUCCAGUCGCUGCCACCGCAGAUCCAUACGCGCUACAUCGAACCACCGGAACCGAUCAUCGAGAUUAUCAUUAAGGAGAGCAACGAUUCGCUUCCGCUCGACACGCAGUCCCUGUUCCCGAAGCAGAAGAAGAAGAAGGAGGAGGUGCAGGUGUUUUACGUGAAGUACCACAAGGACGAGAAGAAUGGGCAGCUCGUGCUGGACGAUCCACUGCCGGCCAUCAAACCGAUUCCGGAUGAGAGCGAGGAGGAGGAGGACCCAUCGCAGGAACCGAUCAUUGUGACGCCCAGCCCACCACUGAAGACGACCACACUGCGUGCCAUCAUUAAUCCGGACUCGGAGAAGUACCACAGUAACAGUGGUAUCCGGAUUUCGUUCGGCGUUGAAGACAAGCACCAGUCGGGCCAUCAGCUGUCGGAGACGGAAUCGGAAUCGGUUGCACAGCCUGUGGUGGCACUGCCACAGCCGGCUGCUCCCACUCAUCGUGCCAAGUCGGAUGUGUUCUUCCAGCAGCACCAGCAGUUUGUGCAGCAACAGCAGGAUCGUUCGGUGAGGCAGCAGUACCCACAGCAACAGCAGCAGCAGCAUCAUCAGCAGCAACCGCAGCAACCACAUCAGCAUUACAAUGUUGUGCCUCAGCCGCAUCAUCACUAUCAGCCACAGCAGCAGCAGCCCCAUCACCAUCAGCAGCAUCUGCCGCAGGCGCAACCCUUGGUACAGCAUCAGCAUUUCUCGCCAGCAACUCCACCACCAUUCCGGCCACAGCCGCCAGCACCACAACCGCAGCCACAGCCACAGCAGCACUUCCAGCAACACUAUCAGCACCAGUAUCAGCAGCAACCGCAACCGCAGCCCCAGCGUGUGAUCUACAACCAGCCACAACCUCAGUACCAGUUCCGUGGUCAGUUCCAGCAGCAGGCACAACCGCCGCAGCCCCAGUAUUUCACUCAGCAGGCACCAGUUCCGCAACCACGUCCCCAGCCGCAACCGCAACCACAACCACAACCGCAGCAGCAGCAGCAGCAGGUGCGAUUCCCACCGCCACAGCAACAACCGCAGCCGAACUUCUACCAGGCACAGCAACCGCAGUACCAGCAACCGAAACCGAUCCCGAUUCCGCUGCACAACAUCAACCAGCAGCCACCACUACGUCAGCAGUACGCUCCGCAACCGCAACAGCAACCACAGCAGCAGCAUUUCAAUCAGCCGUUCAACAACUUCUACAAACAGCAACAACAGCAGCAGCCACAACCGCAACCGACACCGCAGCCUCAGUUCCGUAAGGCCACUCCAUCGCCCCCGGCGAUCGUUCAGCAGCCACCGUUCGCUGCGCAGCGCCCAGUACAAGCUCCGUCACCUGCCUAUCAGCAGCAGCAGCAGCAGCAGCAGCAGCAGAGCUUCGAUACUCGCGGUGCAUUCGUUGGCGGUUUGGUACAGCAGGCGGCCCCAAAUCUUGGACCAACGCGUGCCCCUCAGGAACACAAGCCAUCCUUUGGACUGUCCGAUAGUGAGCACCUGAGCAACCUGAAGCACGUGCUGCCCGCUGGUGGUGAGCUGGUACCUUCCGUGUCGAAGUACGAGAAGCACAUCACCGAGACCAUCAACGGACCGGUGGAGGGCCAGCAGUUGCAGCAACAGCAACAGCAACGACAGCAACCGUCGUUCAACCGUCAGCAACCGUUCUACAACAUACAGCCAUCGCAGGAACUGAUCAGCCACUCGAUCGCCCCACAGAUUGAGACGAUCCAACCGGCGAACAAACUGCCAACACCGCAACGGUACGUAAGCCAGCAGGCGGCCGAAAUUAUCCCCAACUCGGAACCGCUCCGGAAGCAGCAGGUUGAUCCACGGUUCAAUUACGCCGCCCAGGAAGCGGCCGGUGCGCAGGGAUUCGAUUCGAGCAGCGGCAGCGUCAGCACACCAUCCACUACGGUCGGUACUAGCCGCACGACUUACUCGCCCACCUUCUCGACCACACCACGGACCACGGUGAGCCAGUAUCCGGCCACAUCACCGGCCACGACACGCCAAACGGUGAGCACAACGCGGGCACCACCGGUAACGGCUGCCCGAUCGGCCGCUGAAGAAGCGGAAGCGAACGCCAAGAAACAGAAGGCACUGUUCGAUCUGCCCGAUGAGGUACCGGAUGAUCUGCGGGAGCAGCUACUGUCCUCCGGUAUUCUCGAUAAUGCCGACAUCAGCGUGCUGGACUAUGACAAGCUUGGGGAGACGGAUCUGCAGAGUUUGCCGCCGGAGCAUUUGGCCAACUUUUUCAACGCCGGUGGCGGUGCACAGUUGGCCGGUUCGAACAAUGUCCUCUCGGUGGUGUCACCGAACGGGGAUAAGCUGGCCGAGAAGUUUAUCAGCAAGAACUACGACGUGAAGGAUAAGCGCGAUGAGCGUGAUCGUUAUGAGAUUGCCAACGGUGGUGGUGGUGGUAGUGGUGGUGAUGAGCAGCAGGAGCAGCACCAGGACGACGAGGAACAGGAUGAGGAGGAGGAGGAGCCAACGAUCGUUACGAUGCCGGAACGUCAGAAUGUGGACCUGAAGGUGGUACGGUUCGAUUCGAACAAUCAGAAAAAUGUGACCGAUCGGUACAUCAAGCAGGAUUCGACCAUCCUACCCUCGGUGGAUGUAACCCGUGAGGCGGAUACGCAGACGGAGCAGAUCUUUAAUCGCUAUCUACCACUCAAGAUUAACGGAGCACAGUUCCCGAUUCCGGAUGUGGUGGAGCUUCGGGGACGCCGUAUUGCCAGUGUGGUCGUACUGGCACCGGUUGAUCAGCCCGCGACGCAUGCCGGUCGGUCCGGUGAGUCGGCGAGUGACAGUGGCGAGGGCAGUGGCAGUUCCGACUUCCUGAUCAAUGCCGAUGACGAUGCCAAUGAGGAGCGCGACGGUACGGAGCAGUCACGGUUCGAGCGCGAUGUGCUGCUGGACUCGAAGAAGAUCAAGUUUAUCGCCGGUGAGGCACUGAAGCAGCUGAUCAAGAAACCGUCCCGCGAUAACUUCCGCCGGUGGCUUGAGCGUGAGGGUAAAACCGAGGUCGAUCUGCAGAGUGUGGUGCUGCUGGUGACGAGGAACGACUACAACGAGCAGGAGAUCUUCAUGUACGACAUUGCGACCAAGGGUGUGACGCAUCUGAGCGGCGAACUGUCGGCCGCGUUCGUGCAGGUCGCGGAGGAGAACGCCAAGACGCAGAACCUCGAUGAGAUGCCGAUCGUGGACAGUGGGAUCGUGGAGCAGAUGGAAACUCGCAGCUCGACGGAAGCGGUCGACUACGUUACGGCUUCGUUCGGUUCCUCGGCCUCGUCAUCGUCGGAGGAGCAGGAUGAACAGGCGGAAGCAUCGGAACGGAAGGCAGUUUACGUGUACCCCGAGAACUACCGGGGGUUGGAGGUGAACUCCGGCUACAGUCACAUCAAGAAGUAGAGAGUGAGCGAUCGCGACGGGAGCUAAUCGGUUAGAGCGAUUGAUAGUUCAAAUUGUGCUUAACUAACGUUAAACCCGUUACCGGCCGCGCGCGCUCUCUCUCUCUCUC